AUGUAUAUAUUUUCAACUUCAGCAGGUGUUUUUGGUUGUGAAUUUCAAGAUGAGAAGUUGUUAGGUCCCAUGAGGAUCACUUGUGGUACUCAACAGGAUGCUCUGAAGGGCUGUGAAAUUGUCAUCAUCCCAGCUGGAGUUCCUCGAAAGCCAGGGAUGUCCAGAGAUGAUCUCUUUAAUACAAAUGCUUCUAUUGUGAGAGAUCUGACCAAAGCAUGUGCUGAAGUCUGCCCCAAGGCUUUGAUUGGAAUCAUUGCAAACCCAGUAAACAGCACAGUGCCCAUUGCAUGUGAGGUUUUCAAGAAAAUGGGAGUUUUUGACCCAAAGAAAAUUUUUGGAGUCUCCACUCUGGAUCUUGUGAGGGCAAAUACAUUUAUUGCAGAAGCAAAGAAAGAGGGACUUGCCAAGAACCUGGGACUGGGGAAGCUUUCUGCAUUUGAGGAAGAGUUACUGGCCAAGGCACUGCCUGAACUGAAGAAGAACAUUGCCAAAGGGGAGGAAUUCAUUGCCAAGACCUGGUCCUAACUCCUAAAUUCUCACACUAAAGGAUCUGAUGCAGGAUGAUGAGUGCAGCUUUAGAUGCUUGGAAGACAUGCUCAUCUUCCUGGAAUUUAAAUUAUAAAAAGAUUUUUUCUUUCCUUGUGAUAUUGAAUAGAAUGGUGAAGUAAAGGUGUCAUUGUCUCA